CUCGCUCUCACCCUGGAUGGUCAGCGUUAGUCACUCACUCUCCCUUGCUCUGUCUUUCUCUCUCUCUUCGAUACGCGUUCACACGGCUGCGUGUAUUCGUUCGUGGUCGUCGUAGUGGCCGUCAUUCAGUCAAUUGAAAUUUUUAUUGCCAUACACUCGUUCCCAUCAUUGAAGCACGACGCACGAAGGAAUUCGUUUUUCCCCGACGAAUCCCAAUUCACGUCUAUUGUCACCGACACUUGGUGACGGUCAGUGUGUCAGUUGAAAAUUCGCGAUCAAGUGACCCGAGCGAAUGAAGUGAUUGUUUCAGUGAUUCAGUUUCAAUUGAAAGUGAGAUUUCGAAUGACCAGGCUCGACUCGAAGUGACAAUCAUCAUUGCGACGAACCUAAACUAGUGCGCUCCGAAUCAUCUGAAUCCACUCGCACGGUGGUGUUGGUUGCACAGGCCAGUGGUGAAUGUGUGAGAUCGUCGAAAACGUGUUUCGGGCCGUCGGUCGUUUCGAAGUGUGUGCUCGUGAGUGACCCGCAUCGCAUCGAAUCGCUGCGACUGGGUUGAAUGGUGGUCGGUCCGUUCGCUCCGAACCAGUCAGUCAGUGCUCACAACGCUGCUGCUUCACAACAACACAACACAUCACUCUACUCUAGAGCCGGGCUUAUCCUAUACGUUCUGUGGUCGUCCGCGCGAGCGCCCAACAACUCACCAUUCGAAUAGAGACCAAAAAAAGCGGAAAGCAGAAGAAACUGGUCGCAGCCGAUUUCGCGGAGACGAACGGCGAUCACAAAAGAGGGAUAAGAAAAAAAAAGUUCGGACGGACGGACGCGGGAGAGACUCGAACUCGUCGCGCUCGCCUCCUUUGAUUUUUUGCUUCUCGGUGUGACCGUGUGUGCACUUGCGCAAUAGGUGUCGCGUCUCGCGCUCGUUCUUCACACAUGUGUGAUAAAAUUUGAAGAAAAUCCGUACGCACAGGGAUAGAAGGGAGGAAAAAAGUGGUCAAAAGAUAGAGAGCGAGCACAAGGCGAGAGUUUGUGGCCUCCUGAGCAAAAAGUGGUGGAUUUUUGUGUGAUUUCGUAGCUGGCCGUGGAAGAAUUCUGUCCCCCGUACGCCUGCUGUGGUCGAGCUCAGCGACGGAAAAGGUGCGCUAGCAGGGGUUUAACAUUGCGAAAAGUCGAGUUUGCCGUGAUCGGAAGGUGGUCGAACACCGGAAAUGGUGGUUAAGUGAGUGGCGAAAUCGAUGUGAAACAGUUUUGUGAAAUCAAAUUUUCGCUUGCGUAGCAGUGCCCUGCACGGGAAUUUGUCAAAACGGGCUCUGUGCUAAACGUCAAAAAAGAAAAGUGAGAGUCAGGGCUGACAAACCUUAGAGCUGACCAUCAUCAACGUAAUCAUCUCCGAGGUACAAGCGCGUGAGAGCGAAGGAGAGAACCUCCUCGAAUCCCGUCGUCGCGGCCGUCACUAUCGCGUGUGUGAGAGAGAUUAGGGAAUUGGUGAAUUUGUCACGAAGAAGAGAAAGAAAGAGAGAGAGGUCGCACACGCAAACCGUGUGUCGAACAGCAAGUGAGAGUGUGGUGACCAUCGUCGCAGUUCUCGUUUCUAUCGCGUUCCGAUAGGCCCUCGGCGAUAGACAACCAAACCAGCAGUCAGCGGGCACAUAUUCCCCCCGAUUUUGAAAGAAGAGAAAGUCCCAGUGCCCAGCGCUACAGUGGCUCUACAGGAGCAGCAAUCUUUGGUCCAAAACAUAGCGACCCUCCAACCCGCAGAGUGGUUCUAUUUCGCGUCGAACCCGAGUCCCCCGAAAGCCGCCAAAGUGUAUUCCCACGUAGAUUGUCUCCAAAACAUGGCCGCUGAUGCCGCGAUGGAUACGACCUGUCCAAGUCCCGAACUAGGGGACUCCCGGAAGCGGCCCCUCGAUGACGGAACCGACGAUGGAACGUCCAAACGCUCACACUUCAGCACCAACGCAACCGGAACGACCAACACAACCACCACCACCAAUGGCGGCAGUGUGGCCGGUGUCCCCGGCAGCGACAACUACCACUUCAAGACGCUGGUGCCGUCGGUCGCCGCCGGAGCCAUCAUCGGCAAGGGCGGCGAAACGAUCGCCUCGCUCCAGAAGGACGCCGGCGCCCGAGUGAAGAUGUCUAAGGCACAUGACUUCUAUCCCGGAACAUCCGAACGAGUCUGUCUCAUUAGCGGCACAGUCGAAGGUAUCUUGACUGUGCUCGAUUUUAUCAUUGAUAAGAUUCGCGAGAAGCCCGACAUGACCAAAGCUCUGACGGACGCGGACGCCAAACAGGCGGCCGACCGUGACAAGCAGGUCAAAGUGCUCGUGCCCAACUCGACGGCCGGCAUGAUCAUCGGCAAGGCCGGUGCCUACAUCAAACAGAUCAAGGAGGAAUCGGGCUCCUACGUGCAGAUCUCGCAGAAGCCGAAAGAGCUCACCCUCCAGGAGCGAUGCAUUACCAUCAUCGGCGAGAAGGAGAACAAUAAGAUCGCAUGCAAGAUGAUCCUGCAGAAGAUUGUCGAAGAUCCCUCAUCCGGCUCAUGCUUGAACGUAUCAUAUGCAGACAUCAACGGACCGGUGGCCAAUUUCAACCCCACUGGUUCGCCAUUUGCCGCCUCACAGAAUCCCACUUUCAGCUCCAGUACCGCAUCAUUAAACUCCGCACUGGGCGGCGCACUGCCCGGGGCUUCCGCGGCCGGUUUACUGGUCAACGGCACCGGACUGAAUCUGUCAUUAAAUCUAGGUGCACCUUCACCACAAACUAAUCCUACAGUUACCACACAAUUGCUUGAACAUAUUAAGGGUGCCAUGAGACAGUCCGGUUACUCCGACACGGCUACCACUGAAGUCCACGCGGCGCUAGCAGUCCUCGCCAAGUACGGCGUACUGGGCAUCGGCGUCGGGCUCCAAAAUGGAACCCACACGACGCCACUGAGCUUCCUGGGCGUGCCCGAGCUACAGCAGACGACGGCGGCAGCGGCAGCAGCCACGGCCGCCACCGGCGUGUACGGCGCCGUCGGGCAACUGAAUCUGGAUUCGUAUCUGCACGGUGCUGGCACCGCGACGCCCCGUACCUCGAUCGAACGCUUCGACGCCACCUUUGAUCCGUUCCGGCAUCCGGGAACGCAGGCGGCCACCCCGAUCUCGAUCAACAACAAUGCCUUCGGACUGACCAGUGCCACGGCGCUGAACGCGGCAGCCGCCGCACAAACCCUGGGCUCGCUGAGCAAGAGCCCUACGCCGGCCGAGAUGACCACCAGCAAGGAGAAGAACGUGGAAAUCCCGGAAGUGAUCGUCGGCGCCAUUCUAGGUCCCGCCGGCCGUAGCCUGGUCGAGAUCCAGCACAUGUCCGGGGCGAACAUCCAGAUCUCCAAGAAGGGUAUCUUCGCGCCGGGCACCCGGAACCGCAUCGUCACCAUCACCGGUGCACCGAAUGCCAUCAACGUUGCUCACUACCUGAUCGAGCAGCGAAUCCAGGAGGAGGAAACGAAACGGGCCUGCCAAACGACCACGGCGGCAGCGGCGGCCGCAGCCGGAAAGCCCACCGGCGCCACGGUGGCAGCCGUCACGCAGUAAACGAGAGAAAGAACAUAAACACACGCGCAUAGAAAAGUCACCCAUAAAGAACAACAACAACACACACAUACAUAGUGCAUGAAAAAAUCACACAAAUCAUUCACACAUUAAAGAAAAGAAAGGGGAAAAUCUGUGAAGCCAGAUGCAAAACCGCUGGGAAACCUAAAAUAAUGGGAUUUAGGAGCAAAGCGAAAAAGAAAAAGAGGAUAUAAUAAUUAUAAAUUAAAGUAAUUGUUAUUUUAGUAGGUAAAUUGAAAAUGAAUAACAGAUAAAAGUUUUAACUUCAGUUGAUAAACACAGAUCUAUAGCGAAACAACUUGAAGGCGCUUCCCCUCAACCACACACAUACGAGGAAGUGAGAAAAGCAAAAAAAUGCAAAAUUAAAUGAUAGAUAAGUGAGAAACCAUAUGAAAUAGUGACAAAAAAAAACAAAAGAAAGCGAUAAACAGACAAACAUACACAAACACACGAACACAACCACAAAUCUAGUGAAAUUUCACCACACGCAUACACAUACACACGCACCAACUCACCGAAAGUUGGUUACUUCGACGACUAGUGAUCGCUGUGUUACCAUUUUUUUCUUCUAUUAAUCGUACUACACUCGUAUUUUUGUUUUCGUUUCCAUAGCAACCCGUAACUUGGGAGGUUGACUGGCGCGCUUUCGACGCGAUCACAGAGUUUUGUUUUAUUUCUUCUCACAGUUUUUAGUCUUUUUUUGUUUAUUUUCAUAUUUUGCCUUUGUUUCUGUAUCUGUAUCGUGUAUAGUUUUAAGAGAAGAGAUGUUUUUAAGUUUUUUUCUUUAUAUAUUCAUAUAUAUUUUAUACACAGAUUUUUUUCUCUAGGAUUUAUCUUGAAAAGGAAAAAAAAGAAAGUGAAGAACGAUGGGCCAGGCCUAAAGAUUUGUUUUAGUUUUUAGCGGAGAAGAUGGGCGGAAAAGAAGGUUAUUGUGAAAAAAUCUUUCUCGGAAAAUAGCAUAGCAGUCGAUUGAUUUCUGGUGUCAACUCUCUUGCGGGUAGGACUAAUAUUUUAAGAAUUAUGUAGACAAACAAAAGUUGAAAAACACGAAAGCUAAACGCGUGCGCACCUGUAUAAAGUAUGUAUGUAUACAUUUUAUGUAUGUAUUAGUAAACGGCGAGAAGCAUUCUUAGUUUUGUUCGUUUCUGUUUUGCCAUUUGUUUACAUACGACUACACACCCAUAAACAAACAAACACACACAUACGUGCGAUAAAGCGACGAAACCAUUUUACGUUGUUAGGGCAGAUGUGAAGAAAUUUAAUCACUGUUGAAUGUUAGACCAAUACAUACCGAAGCACACACACACACCGACACUGUUCACACUAAUACACGCACGUCGUACAGCCGGAUUCAAAUUACCAAUAGCAACGCGCGGGGAAGUGCAUAUAAAACUAAUCUAUAUAUAGCAGAGAGGUCAGAGAACGAUACCGAACGGAGAUACUACUGUGUAUGUUGCAAACAAAGAAGUCAUAUAAAUAGGAUUUUAGGAAAUUAUUUAGGUAAUCGCAAGCAGAUGAAGGGUAAAGUUUAACCAUUUUUUACUAGUUAGCCGAUAGAGUUUAGUUUAGCGCAGUGGUAUUUUGCGGAAAGAAGAAUUUUAAAUUCUUUGUUCUCUUGUUUAUCUUUCCUUAACAAAACCCUUGACAACGAGUCAAUUAUUACCAAUUUGUUUCCGUUGUUUUCUACUAUUGUAUUAAUCCACUAUUAGUAACGGGAAGGAACUUUCUCAGAUUAAAAACAAACCUACGGAACAUGUGCAAAAGCUGUUAUAACCUCAAACUUUUGUGUUGUCGCCGUUUUUACCGUAUCAACGAGCGAUUCUGCGCGGGCAUCACAAUGCUCACUUCGAUCAGAUCGUAGCAGGCGGCAUGCCGUUGCUAGCGCCGGCUCGAAGUCAGAAACGCGUUAUAAAAAACUUGUUUUCCAAUUAUAAGCUUACCAGCUCAGAUGCAAUCUGUUAAUGUUAAAACCAAAAAGACGUUUUCUCCUUUUAACUUAAAACACACACGUUACUAUUCCUAGGUUACGAUUACAUACGCGCAUUCACACACACAUACAUACACACAACCAUGAUGUUUAUAUGGAACAGAAACACCACAAACCGCAGUGUCAUCACAACACACUCACAAAGAUUGUAGGGAUCCCUAUUUCUUUUCGAACGUUAUAUUUGUUUACCUGUCCAUUCGUGUUGAAACAGCAUAGCUACGAGUUAUUUAUGACCUCCUUUUUACAUCACCAUAUGAACAAAACACACGCCCCCACACAUACAUUAAACAUGCACGAACCGUUAUACAUUUUUUUUGUUUGUUUCCCUGUUGAUUCAACUGAAAGAACACAUACAUACACAUUAAAAAAACAUCUAAACAGAAGAAAAAUAUUUAUAGCCAAUUUAUCUUAAAUAUAUUAAAAAAGAAAAACAAAUUAUAAAUCCAGAGAAAAAAAACCUAGUUUUUAGUUAACACGCCGACUCAGAAAAACAACAGAAAGUUACAAGUUUGACGUAUGAACCACUAGUGAUAUGUAGGAAAACGAAAAUUACUAAAUCAAAAAAGAGUUGCACCACGCUAAAGAUGAAAAAAAAAAACAAAAGAGGGGAUUCGAGUAUGGCAAACUUGUAAAGUUGAUACCUACUAGGAAGAAGAAAAAACACGUAAAAAUCCCCGGCUUUACAUUCUACCAUUUAUAAUGAUUAAUAUAUUCGUAAUGUUUAGCAAGGCAAGUGUAAACACUAAAACAAAACAAACAAACAGAAAAACUUCACAAACUGGUUGCGCCCGAAAAAGGAUAACCGGAGGUUUAUUUUCUUUUUUUUUCGUUCAACGCGAACUACUAAAUAGGAAGAUGAAUGUGAAACGUGAAGGUGUGUGAAAACACAGGAAAAAAAAACAAUGAAAUGGAGAAUAUACGGGAUUAAAAAUGAAUUAAAAACCAAAAAAAACAACAGUUUUUGAACGGGCUUUUCAUUUUAGCUUUAUUGGUUGGUUCCUUGGUUAUAUGCCUAGUCCUCCUUGGCUGGAUGCGCUUGAUUUUCACGAGGGGGAUGACACAGAAAAAAUAAAUUAAAAAUUUAUUUAUUUCUGAUGUGAGAAAAGAAGUGUCACACCCCUCGCGUUUGCUCUAGGUUUCUUCCGUUUUCUAUUUUUGUUACCCUUCGUUUGUUUCCGCUUUCUUUUGUUCCGACAGAAUAAUUACAGGAUGUCCUUGGUUCCUUGGUUAUACCUAAUCCUCUAUGCUGGAUGCGCUGUGUUCACGAGGGGGUGACACAUAAAAAGAAAUGAAAAUUGAUUUCUGAUUUGAGAAAAGUAGUGUCAUACCCCUCGUGUUUGUUCUUGGUUUCUUCUGUUGUCUGUUUUCGUUCUUUUGAUUACUUUCGUUUGUUUCCAUUUUGUUUUGUGCCGACAGAAUAAUAACCGGAUACGUCUACUAUCUGGAUAAACAUUACAAAAUUGAAAUUAUUAGGAAAUCUUAUUUUACUUGGAAACAAUUGUGGCAUUUUUGUGGCGCCAUUCAGAAUUCUAUAUAAGACAAAUUCCAUCAAAGGAUUCUUCCAGUAACACUAUCUGUCGAUUACUGCAGGAAUUCCAUCUGGAGAUUCCUCCAUAAACUUCUUUUGGGGAUUCCUCCAGAAAUACCAUCUGAGAAUUACUUCAGGAAUUUCUGCUAAGGACUCCACCAGAAAAUACUUCUGAUGAAGCCAGGAAUCGCUUCUGGGGCGAUUGAUCCAAAAAGUGCUUUUGGGGGUUCCUCCAAGAAUUCGAUCUAGAGAUUGCUACAUCAACUUCGUCUAGAGAUUCCUGCAAGAACUUCUCCUGAGGAUUCUUCCGGAAAUUUCAUCUGGGAAUUUCUCCUUGAGUUCCAUCUGUUCAUUACUCUAGGGAUUCCGUCAUGAAUUCGUAUUGGGGAAUAUUUGCUGGAGAUUGCUUUAGAAACCUUUUCAGAGGAUUCCGCCAGGUAUUUUUUCUGGGGAUUGCUUCAAGAAAUUCUUAUGCUAAACAUUUUAGGAAUUUAAUCUAAGGAAUAGAGAUUAUCCCAGCAACUCAUUCUGGGGCUUCCUGUAGGGAUUCCUUAUGGUUCAGUCUAAGACUCCUCAGAAAAUUCCUUCCGGAGCAUAAUGCAGGAAAAACCCUAAAAGACUCCCAGGAGAAUCCCCUGGAAGAACUCCAGAAGAAUGGAAGAAUCCCUUAAAGAACUCCAGGAGGAUUCCUAGAUAGAACACCUGCAAGAUUCCUAGGAAGAACUUCUGAAAGAUUCUGAUGCGGUACUUCAGGAGGAUUUUGAGAAGGAACUUCAAAAAACCUCCUGGAAAAAAUCCAGAAUGACCUGCAGAAGAGCUUUUGAAGGAUUUUAGGAAUGAACUCCGGAAAAAAACUCCUGGAGGAUUCCCAGAAUUAUUGAUUGAUUGAUUGAUUGAUUGAUUUAUUUAUUUAUUUAUUUAUUUAUUUAUUUAUUUAUUUAUGGCAAUUUCAUGAAUGAUUUCCAGAAGAAACUCUUGCAGGAAUCCCAAAUAGAACUACUUCAGGGAUCCUAGAAGGAGCUCUUCUAGGAAUCCCAGAAAAAAUUGUUUUUAUUUUCGACCUUGCAGGCUCCAGUGCGCAAUCGCAAGGAUUUACACUUUCCGGGGCAUAACUCAGGAAUUCGAUUCAGGAACUGCUAAAGAAAUACGAGAAAGAGCUGCCUAGAAAAAAGAACUCCAGGAGGAUUCCCUCGAAGAACUCCAGAAAACUGAAAGAAUCCCGGAUUCCUAGAAAGACCACCUGGAAGAUUCCUGCAUGAACUUCUGAAUGAUUCUGGUAAGAAACUCCAGGAGGAUUUUUUUAGUAAAAAAGAUUUCCUGAAAGAUUUCCAGAAUGAACUCUAGAAUAGUUUUGAGAAAGAACUUUUGGAGGAUUUUAGAAUGAACUACGGAAGGAUUCACAGUAGAAACUCCUGGGUAAUUUCAAGAGGAAAGUCUUAGAGGAUUCCCCAAAUGAGCUUCUUGGGCAUCUGCAGAGAACUCUUGAAAGAUUCCAGUAGGAAAUAUUUGAAUAUUUCUAAAGACAAUUCUGGUGGAAUCCAUGAUCAAAUUCAUGGAUGACUUCCAGUAGAAACUUCUGCAGGAAUCCUAAAAACUUCUUCUGAAAUCUCAGAAGGAAUACUUGUAGAAAUCCCAGAAGAAACUUCUGGAGAAAUUGCUGAACGAAUCUCAGAAGUACUUGGGGUUCAUUUCGAGCUUGCUGUCCUUGGCGCGCAAUUCUAGAAGGAUUUCAAGGGAAAAUGCCAGAUCGAAGUCUUGGAUUAAUCUCAGAAGGAAUUCUCGAUGGAAUCACCGAAAAACUUUUGCAAGAAGCCCAGAAAAACUUCUGGGGGAAUCCCAGAAGAAACUGAGGAAUUUGUGGUGGCAAACAGAAGUGAGAUAUUUUAUUUCAGACAAACUUCAUCACACGAUUCUUCCAGGAACUCCAUUCAUCGCUUACUACAGGAAUUCCAUCUGGGUAUUCCUCCAGAAACUUCUUCUGGGGAUUGCCUCACAAAUUCCAUCUGAGGAUUCCUUUACAAACUCCCAAAUUACUUCAAGGAGUUCUUCUGAUUCUUCAUCCAGUAAUUCUAUCUGGGGAUUCGUACAGGAAUUCCUUCUAGGGAUUCUGUUGGUUGUUGGUUACUCCUGGAAUGCCAUCUUAGGGGUCUUCCAGGAAUUCCUGCUACGGAUUCCUCCAGAAACUCAUUCAACAAGUUUUGAUCGGGUUUUUUAUUUUAGCUUUAUUGGUUGGUUCCUUGGUUGGUUAUAUCCAGUUCUUCUUGCUGGAUGCGCUGUUUUCACGAGGGAUGUGACACAGAAAAAACAUACAAAAAAUACGAUUUCUGAUUUGAGAAAAGUAGUGUCACACCCCUCGUGUUUGCGCUAGGUUUCUUCUGUUUCCUUUAUUCGUUGCCUUGGUUAUUUUCGUUUGUUUCCGCUUUGUUUUGUUCCUACAGAAUAAUUACUGGAUGUGUGCUAUCCAGAUAAACAUAAAAAACUGAUAUUAUUAGGAAAUUUGAUUUUAUUUUGUGGCUUUUUUGUGGUGACAUACAGCUUUUCUUCGUAACACAUUUUGUUACAAACAAAUUCCAUCACAAGAUCCUUCCAGUAACUCCACCUGUCAAUUACUACAGAAAUUCCAUCCAGAAACUUCUUUUGGGGAUUCCUUCAGAAACUCCAUCUGGAAAUUCCUUCAGGAAUUCCUGCUGAUGAUUCCUUCAGAAACUUAUCCUGAUGAUUCCGCCAGGAAUUGCUACUGGGGAUACUCCAAGAAGUGCUUCUGGAAGUUCCUCUAGGCAUUCCAUCUAGAGAUUGCUACAGGAACUCCUAGGGAUUCCUAGGGAUCAUUUUCCAGAGGAUUCUUCCAAAACAUCCAUUUGGGGAAAUCCAUCCUCCUACAGCUCCAUUUGUUUAUUACUCCAGGAAUGCCAUCUGAGGAUACCUACAUGAAUUCCAACCGAAGAUUCUUCCAUGGGGGGAUUUCUCCAGAAACUGCUUCAGGAGAUUUCAGUAGGUUUUCUUUCUAAGGAUUCCUUCAGGAAAGCCGUAUGGUGAUUUCUUCAGGAAAUCAAAGGAUUAGCACACCAAUUCUUUUUGGGGAUUUUUUCAGUAAUUCCUUCUGGUUUAAUCUAGACUCCUCAGCAAAUUGACUCUGGAACAUAAUCUAUGAAUUUGAUGCAGGCAUUUCUUUAGAAACUCCUGAAGGAAAUCGAGAAAGGAAUCCCUUGAAGAAUAAAAAACUUCUAUAAGUCUCCCUGGAGGAUUCUCUGAAAAGAACUCCAAAAGAAUUCCUAGAAAGAAUACCUGGAAGAUUCCUAACAAGAACUUCUGAAAGAUUAAGGAAAGGAUUUUUAGAAGGAACUUUCAAAAAGAACCCUGGAAGACUUCCAGGAUUCCCUCCUGGAGAGUUUCGAGAAGGAUCUUUUGGGGAAUUUUCCGAAUGAACUACGGAAGGAUUCUCAGUAGAAACUCCUGGAUAAUGUACAGAAGAAAGCCCUGAAAUCAUCGCAGUAAAAACUCCUGGAAGAUUUCCAGAAUGAUCUUCCAGAGCGUUCUCUGCAAAAAAAAAAAAAAACAGUGAGAAAUCCUAAAAAAAUUAAAAGCAGAAUUAGAAGGAAUCCAUGAUCAAAUUCAUGGAUGACUUCCAGAAAUAAAAAACUUCUGCAGGAAUCCUAAAAAGAAUUCCUUCUGGUUUCUCAGAAGGAACACUGGGAAAAACCUUGGAGUAAUUGCAAAAGAAACCUUAGAAGUACUCGGGGUUAUUUUCGACUCUGCAGUACUCGGUGCACAAUUCCAGUCUUGAACUAAUCUCAGAUCGAAUUCGAAAUGAAAUCGCCGAAGAACUUUUGGAAGAAACCCAGGAAAAACUUUUUGUGGAAUCCCAGAAGAAACUGGGGAAUGACACAGGUACAAAACUGCUAUCUGAAUAAACUUAAUAAAACUGGACCUAUCAGGAUAUUUCAUUUUCGCAUUUCGUGGGAUAGCUUGUAUCAGACAAAUUUCAUCAGGGACAUUCUUCCAGGAACUCCAUCGAUCGCUCACUACAAGAACUCCAUCUGGGAAUCUUUUGAGGAAUUCCUGCUUGGGACUAUUUUAGAAAUUUCAUCUGGAUUGUCUUCAAGGAAUUCCGGUUGAGGAUUCCUCCAGAGAAUCCUUCAGACGAUUCCACCAGUAAUUGCAGCUGGGUAUUGCUCCAGGAAGUGCGUCUGGGAGUUGCUCAAGAAUUCGAUCUAGGAAUUCCAACGGAAAUUUCUUCUAGGAAUGCCUCCAGGAAUUUCUGCGGAGACUUCCAGACAUUCCAUCCGGGGGUCCCUUCUGGAGCUCCAUCGUUGAUUAUUCCAGUAAUUCGUGCUGGGGAUCCCUUCAGAAACUCCUUCAAGGGAUUCCAGCAGAUAUUCUUUCUGGGAAUUAUAUCAACAAGUCCUUAUGAGGAUUACUUCAGGAAUUCCAAGGAUUCCUCCAUAUUUUUGUUGAAUCCUUUCUGGAGAUUUCUCCGGGGACUUCUUCAGAUUUUUUUUUAAAUUUUUAUUUCUGUUAAUUUUAACUUAUGCUAAUUCAUCACUUAUUCUUCAGAAAUUUCUUUACAGAUGCCUACAAUUGUUUUGUCUAGGGCUCCUCAGAAAAUUUCUCGUGGGGUAUUAUCUAGGAAUGCGAUUUGGGCAUUUCUCCAGGAGCUUCUGAAGGAAUCGGAUAAAGAGCUCCCUAGAAAGAAAAAGAACUCCUGGGAGAACCCCAUAAGAACCUCCGGAAGACUGGCGAAAUCCCAAAAGAACUCCUUGAGGAUUCAGACGAGGAACUCUUGGAGAAUUCCUAGAAAGAACAUCUGCAAGAUUCCUAAAAUAAACUUCCAAGGGAUUUUCACAGACUUUCUGGAGAAUUUUACGAAGAAACUUGUAGAGGAUUCCCAAAAAAAACUCCUGAAAGUUUUCCAGAAUGAACUGCAAGAAGAAACGUCUGGAGGAACUUCUAGAGGAUUUUCAUAGGGACAUUCGGAAGGAUUUCCAGAAGAAACUCAUAGAGCAUAGGUACCAGUAGGAACUCCUAGAGAAUCCCCAGAAACUAGUCCAGGAGGACUCCCAUAAGAAAGUUUGGAGGACUCCCAGUUGGAACUCCUGGAGGAGUCUCCGACGAAACUCGUAAAAGAUCCCAGUAUAUGAAAUCCUGGAGAAUUUCUGUAGGCAAUUGUGGGAGAAAUAGAGCAGAAGCUUUAGGCUGAAUCUAUAAACAAGUGUAUGGAUGACUACCAGAAAAAUCUCCUGCUGGAAUCCCACGAGUUUCUGGAGAAAUCCCAGAAAUAAAACCUCAGGAGUUUUUUUUCAUUUCGACCUUGUAGUCUGUGGUGCUUAAUCCCAGAAGGAAUUCCUGGAAAAUGCCAGAGAGAACUCUUUGAUUAAUCACAAAAGAAACACCUGAUGGAAUCCCAGAAGGAACUCCCGGGAGAAAUAUCAGAAACAUAUUCUAGAGGAAUUUCAGGAAAAAAUCUUGGAAGCAUUCCCGUAGACACUUCUAAAGAAAAUCUCGAAGGAAAACUGAGGUAUUACAGAAGGAAUAUCUGGGUGAUGUUCUACAUUUGUUUAUGUAACUCGUAUUUAACCAAAUUUAGUCAUAUCAGAGUCUGAUAACCUCAUGAUGCUCUACAUCUCUUGUUACUUGGAAAUCUCGUCUCUUAGGAAAAACUUAGAAUGAAAUCUUUGAGAAAUCUCAUUUCCAUUUGGAGCUUCAGCUUCCAGAAGGAAUUACAGAAAAAAAAAAUACUAGAAGAAACUCCUGGAGUAAUCCCAUGAAACAGCAACCCUUAAAGGUUUCCGAACUAAACAUUCUCAUGGAAUUCUAAAAAAAGCAAGCGGAAUCGUACGAGAUUACCUAGAAAACUAGUUCUAAAGAAAUUCCAAAAGAAAGCAUUGGAAUAUAAGGUAACCUAAAAAUAGCCCAAAAGAAACUCUAAGAGAAAUCCGUGAACGAAUCCUUGAAGAAAAAAAACUCAUUCAGCAGUUCCUAGUGGAAUUUCUAAGCGAUAUCCCAAAGAAAAUCCUGGAGAAACCCCAGAGCAACUCGUGGCGGGUUCAGCGGAGAAACUCCUGGAGUAGGUGCAAAGGAAACUUCAGCGAAACCCAAAGAAGGAACUUCUAGGAAUGCCAUAUGUGUAACGCUUGGCAAAAAAGAGCCCUUCAAUCAAUUAGGAGUUCGAACCUUGGAAGGAAUCCUUGAAAAUAUCUCUGAAAGAAUCUCAGGUGAAAUUGUUGCAGAAAACUCGAGAAGAAUCAAUGAAAGAACCCUGGGAGGAAUCUCGGAAGGAUGCUCGGAAGAAAUCCCGGGAGAAAACCCAGGAAUAAAUCUAAAGCAAUCCCACCACAAACCGCUAUAACAAUGUUGGAGUAAUCUCUGAAUGAACCUCAAAAUGAGUCUCAUUGAAUAUCCUGAAGGAAUCCUGGAGAGGUUUCUGAUACAAUCCUAGAGAAAUCUCUGAAGAAACCCCAGGAGUAAUCCCUGAAAGAACUUCAGGAGGAAUUCCAACAGGAACUAGUGUAGGAACAGCGGGAAAAAUCUCUGGAAUAAAUCUCAGAAGAAAUCUCAGAAGGAAUCCCCGAAAAAACCUCAGGGGGAGGCCCUGAAGGACUCGUGGAUGGAGUUUGAGCAGAAAUGCCUGGUGAAAUCCCAGAAGGAAUCUUUGAAAGGAUCCUUGAAGUAAUCAUUACAAGAAUCUCAAAAGGAAUCCCGAAGAAACACCGCGAUGAAUUUGUAAAGGAAUCUCGAGAAGAAUCAAUAAAGGAAUCAAGGGCAAAUUUUCUGAAGGAAUGUAAGCCUUAAAUGAAUCUAGGGAGAAAUCAAUGAAGGAAUCUUAGAAGAAAUUCCUUAAGGACCGGAAAGAAUCCGUGAAACUAUCCCUGAAAGAAUCUCAGUAGGAAUCACUAAAGAAAUCCUGAGCAAAAUAAAUUUAAAAAAAAUUCUCGGAAGGGUUUCCUGAAAAGGAAAUAUCCAAAGUAAUCCCGGAAACCUACAAAUAAUUCUGAAGGAAUCGCUGAGCAAGUGAACCCGGGAGAAAUCGAUAAAUGUUUCCCGGGGCAGCUGUAUUGGAUGGAAUCCGGAAAGCAUCCAUGAACGACUCGGGAGGAAUGAAUGAAAGGAAUCACUGAAGAAAUCCUUCAGGGAAACCCAGCAGAAAUUACUAAAGGAACCUCGUGAGCAAUCAAUGAAGGAAUCUCCAGGAAAAAUCCAGGAAGAAUCCUUAAAAGUAUCAUUUAAACAAUCUCUGCGGGAAUAACUGAAUGAAUGCAGCAAUUAAUCCCGGGAGAAAUCUCUGAAGGAAAUCCCCGAAAAAAAUCCCGGGAGAAAACCCUGGAAGAAUCCUGAAUGGAUUUCUGAUUAUAUCAAAGAAAUUGUCCUUGAAAGAACCCACAAAGAAUCCUGGGUAUCAAGGAAUCACAGGCGAAAUCAAUAAAGGAUGAAUGUCGAAAAAUAUCUCUAAAGGAAUUCUGGGAAGAACCUCCCUAAAGGAAUCACUGUGAGAAUCAAUGAAAGAAUUCCAAACGGAUUUUCUGGAAAAAAAAAUCGUGGAGCAAUAUUUUCCAGAAUUCCUGAAGGAAUCUCAGGAGAAAUUCCUAAGGGAUCAAUGGAGGAAUCCCGGAAAGAAUCUUAAAAGGAAUCUCGGGAAAAGUAAGAUCAAUGAACAAAUUCCGGAAGGAAGCUCUGAAUCAAUCCCGCGAGGAAUCCCUGGAGAAAGCCUUGACAGAAACCUUCUUCUUCUUCUUCUUCUUUAUGGCACGACGUCCCCACUGGGACUUGGCCUGCCUCGCUUCAACUUAGUGUUCUUUGAGCACUUCCACAGUUAUUAAUUGAAGGGCUUUCUUUGCCUGCCAUUGCAUGAAUUUGUAUAUUGUGAGGCAAGUACAAUGAUACACUAUGCCCAGGGAGUCGAGAAAUUUUUCCCGACUGGAACGGGAAUCGAACCCGCCGUCUCCGGAUUGGCGAUCCAUAGCCUUAACAACUAGACUAACUGGAGACCCCUGACAGAAACCUAGGAGACAUAAAAACAAAUGUGAAAAAUCCCUAAAGAAUUCACAUGAGAAAUCAAUAAAAGAAUCCCGGGUCGAAUCCCUAGAGGAAUGCUUUCCAAAUGUUGCUCCAAACUUCCGGAGAUAGUGUUUAGAAUUAUGUUUAAAAAACCUAGUAUUCCGGAAACAAUCCACCAGAUAUUUUUCAAAUAGUUCAAACACACAUUCUUUUCAAACUUCCUAAACGAAAUCUAUUUGAUGUUUAUGAAAGAUUAAUGUAAAAAUGUUCACAAGAACUCACCACAAAUUGUUGUCCAAGUUCUAUCUAAAAUACUUCCAAGAACUAUACCAAUACUUAGAAAAAAGGCCUACAAAAAGGCUAGAUACGUCAGAAUAAAUGCUUCAUAGUUUAAAACAUUGUUAAGUAUUGAUGCUGCAAAUUUCAAAGGAAUGCCCAAGAUUGCUCUGCAUAGACAUCUGCCAGCAAUUUAUACCCAAGCUCCACCUGAAGUUCCUUUUUCUAAAAGUAACCUUUAAAAUAUUACAUUUACUUAACACAAAAUACUUACUUUCUUCUGGGUUCAGCCCUUCAACGUUGUCUACCGAAUGCAGCGCAUCACCGAACAUUCAACAUUCCCCUCCUCUUCAGCCAGAAGCCCACACUGAACGAAAACCGCAGCCCGAAAUCGACUGAGAAGCGAUACGAUCGCGCCCCAUUUCGACACUCGGUUGGAAACCGUAAAAUUGACGGAUGACAGUCAUAUGAAAAUGGAAUGCCGACCAUGUGGUCCACCCAACUUGUUUUCUAGCGAUUGAUAACAAAAAUGUCAGCUCCUCUGUUACAAUCCUAGGCUUCUGGUUUUGGAUCUGGCCCAAAAUCCUCGAUUUAUCAAAGUGUAGGUACUUUUGAGCUCACACAUUUUCAUCAGGAACAUAGAAACCAUUUGAAGAUUGUUCAUACAUCUGGAAGAGCUCCGAUCGCUUCAUCCAAUAUCGAUCUGUGUAAUCUGAAAUUGAAAUUAUUUCAUUAUUAUGGAAAUAUCUAGUCCCAAGGGUCGCCUUUGAGUCUUGUAAUCUGAAAUGAAAAGAGCAUUAGAUUGUAUUGGAAAAAGCUGACUAAUUGGAUAUUUUUUCUUAUAUAACAAACCCUUAAAAGUGCUUUUAAGGAAUGCUUGAUUGCUGAUUCCAGAUUGCUCUUCCGUAGCUCAGAUUGUAGUAUUGUUAGCUUCCACCAGCAUCUGACUGUACUCUACUCAACUAAAAUUUACUCCAAUUGUGUAUUUUGUUUAAUAAGUCGCCUUUUGUUUCGUUCUAUUGCCUUCCCUGUCGAAAAAUGGAAAAUUAUUCUAAAACAAGUUUACUAGUUCUAAUUUCAAAAAAAGUUCUCAUAUCCAACAAUCAUGCUACAUAUAAAUCUUACUGUCGACAGCGACAUCGAAGUGCCACGGCGUGCCCUCACAUCAAAACAUAAACACACACUUACUACAGAAACGAUCCGAGCAAGCCACACACGUCACACCAACACCUACAGACGACACAAAUAAAAAAAAUAGAGAAAUGAAAAACAAUUUUGUAGACACUAAAAUUAACACAAAACAGAAACUGUUUAUAUUCAGAUGAACAAAAAAAAAGUUGUGAUGGUAGACAAUUCUAUUGCUGUUAUUUGUUAUGGAAAUAUGAACUAAACAACUCAAACACAGACGCAGCGCUCCUUAAAUAAACAGAAAUCACAUAGAAGAAGAAAAAUAAACAAUCCGGGAAAAGAUACCCUGUCGAACAUAAUCUUAUGGAAAACGCAAACUUACCAUCCGAGGCUGUUCUGAUUUCACAGUAGGCUUUGUUUUUCCGAAUUGAACACACACACAGUCAAAUCCGGAGUGUUGUUUCGUUCGUUCGUCGUUGAGUUUGCUUCCGUUUCUGAAACGAAAUUAUAGAGGACACGACAGCAGUGUAUUAUAGCCCACAGUUAGAUAAUUUUCCAAAAUGGAUGGAAAUUAAGUACCUAUGAAAAAACACAUUACUAUAAAUACGUGUAGAAUAAAAUCAAUUCAUUCAUUCAGAACCUAGGCAAAAACAAACAAAGCAGGCGUAUGCUACCAUUUAAAAACAAAAAUCAUGACCCAAAGUAAGCAUGGAACCCUUCUAAAUAGGUCAUUUUAUAAAUUUUAUUCCCAAACUUAAAGAAAAUCUAACGUAAACCAACCGCAAGCAUGUUAAUUUCCGUCUGGCGGUAGACGAUGGAGAACAGGAAAAAAGAAACCUAAGCUCUUUAGUAGUGUAGUUCCGAUCGAAUCGUUCAUUCAAGCGGAAAGAAACCCGUUCGUUGAAACACUCACUAUCAGAACUUUCUCCAUUUUACAGCCGAGUGCACUCUCUUUGUCCCUCUCAUUCAGACAUUCAGAUGGGAAUCAGAAUCAGAACGAAAAUAUGUGUGACGAAAUGUCGGAAAACUGUGUGAAGCAGCAGCAAAAUGGUGGGCAUUGUGCGCGCUACACAGAAAUUGAGGUUAGGACGAAUAUCACGACAGCAAAUUCAGAGAAUCAAAACCGAGGAAAGAAAACAAAGUCAUUUGCAUUACGCCAACCAAAAAAAAAGAAAGAAGAAAACGCAUGUAUUUUUAUAGAGCGAUCACCAGCCGAAGUUCAUUUAAUACAUUGACAACCAAAACAAAUUCAAAUCUUUGUAUCCCUCUUUAUAUAUGAAGCUAUAUGAUGGAAUAAAAAAAAACAAAAUCUCUAAAACUAUAUUUAUAUUUGUAUAACGAAACAGGUGCGAAACGAAAUGAAAAAUACAAUUUUAAUGGAGGACUACUAGAUGGAUGCAUAUGGAAAACUGACAACUGAAACAAAGCAGUCUCUGCUUUUUCACACUGACAUACUCCCCCUCACAUACACACACAUACAGACGAACUUUCCGCGUCCCUCUUCUUUCGUUCGUUUGUCUUCGUGUAACCGCGGCGCACUGUUUACAACACAAUUCUAGAGUCUUAGGGGCAGGUGCCGGUAUCGCGCAUGGUAAUUAAAUAGACAAUACUUAGGGCAAACAACCGAACCAUAGUUCAUUUUAGAGGAUACCGCAAACAAAAGCGUUCGUAAUGUUUUGAGUCGAAUUUCUCCAGAGAGUUACCCCUAUCACGCGUAGGAGGCUCGGAAUUAUGUGAAAGUUCCUUCCAGAGCCAAUCAAUACUCACACACACACAUACAGUUACAUGAACAUUAUGACAUAGCUUCGUUCUUUUGAGUCCAUAAUAGUCUUUACUAACACUGUCAAGCAUUUAAGCAAAAAUUUAAAAACACACUCACACACAUACAAUUGAUACCACGAGUUACUGGUUUUCUACAACUAUUUUAACUGAACUGCACACACACAUCUUUCUAAACGAAAUAAAAGUAAAAACUGUUGUUGCAAGCAUGUUCCACACUCUCUUUCACAUACACACAAACGAACAUAUUAAAAAUACAAAUAGUGUAAUGUUUAUAAACAGAGAAUUGCACCAUCUUCACAGAACGUUGAAAAUAAACUCUUCCUGUCAUCCCGUUUUCAUGUUGUUUUCUCAUUGGAAAGUAAGCUAAAAAAAAGAGUAGAAAAUUUACAAAACAGCAGCAUACAAAUAGAUAGAGUGAAAAUGUUUUUCUAGGAAUGAAAAGUAAACUGUUGAUUAUCUAAAAGAAUUGAAAAGUGUACUCUAAAUGAAGGAAAUCAAAGUUUUAGCGCAUGCCGCAAGAGACGAAACAGUAUAUAAAGUAGGAAAAUGAAAAAAAAACAAUGACGGGAAUGAUGACUAGCUAUAAGUAAACACACACAAACAGAUAACCUAACCUUAACAAACAAAACAAAAACAGUUACCGUUCAAAUAAUUCUUCAGAAUACAGCCAGUGAAACUAAUAAAACCAACCAUUCGUAGCUUUGUUUUGCUUUCGCAUCAUCACAAUUCCCCGAAUAACCCUUUCUCCUUUUCUAAACCGCUCACUAAUACAUCGCCCUUUCUCUGUCAGAUCUAUCUCAAACGCACCAUUCCUUGUCAUCACGCACGCACGCACGCACCCCUCCACCAACCUUCAGCCUACGCAACGCAGCAACCCGAUGUCAUCUGUCACAACAGUCCGUCGUCUGGCAGACAACGCUCGCUCACCGCCUACUGCGACCUCCAACAACAUCCCACGCAUUCCAUGCAGCAUGUUUCUCUUCAUCCAUCAUCUGUCUCUCAUUCGCCAUUCAAGUAAUCCUAGGCUAAACAAACGUUACAAAUUUUUAAAAUCUAGGAAAACAAAAUGGAGCUCUAAGUUUACAGUGCACUCUUCGUCACCCACACACAGAGACACUCAAGGCAUUCUAAAUCUGCGCACUGAAUUACUCUUGAGAAUUCACUUAAACUCACACAGUGACACGUUAAAGCAGAACAGCGCAUUCCAUUUCAGAAAAAGAAGCAUAGUAAAGCUAAAACAAAAACAAGUUGAGAAACCAAUCGCCCAUGUUUAUGACAACAAAAAUCUAAAUAAAGUAAAUAAAAAAACUGAAAUUCUAUCCGUCAGCAAACAAGCAAAAAAACAUUCAUAUUUAUACAAAAAAAAUACAUUACACAGUAAAACAAAUUUAAACAAAAAAAAAAGCACGACGCACCUGACGACGAACCGUCGUCGCCGAGCGGGAGGGGGUGCAACCGGAAAAAUAUAGUUCAAUUACUAAUUAA